UUCUCCUAGGAUCUUGCCUUCCAGAGAAGAGAGUCACGCUCUGUCGAUCACAUUCCCACUCGCUCUUGCCGUCUCCUGCUCGUGCCCUGCGUCUGCGAGAGAGAGAGAGAGAGAGAUGAACUCGGCGUGGAAAGUGGCGUUACUGUUCGCCGCGCUCUCGUGCGCGUUCCAGAUACGAAGUCGACCUCUCUCGGCUUCGAUCGCCGUGGCGGUCGUCGUUUUUCUUUUUACGGACGGAGCGGCGGUCAUCGUUGACUUGGCAAGAAAGCGGAGAAGAAACGCGGUGGGUGUCGCAUCCCAGUUUCUAAUUUCAGCACUUGGCUUUGUUCUUCGAGAAUCAUGCGAAUCGCCGGCAUCUUCACCGGCUUCUGUCACCUUUUCGGCAAGUUACGAAGUUUUCUUGAGCUUCAGAGGGCCGGACACCCGGAAGGGAUUCACAGAUUACCUCUAUACCAGCCUCACAGAAAAGGGGAUCCGUGUUUUCAGAGACAAUGAAGAGCUCCCUGUUGGAGAAAAGAUCAUGCCGUCACUCGCUGAGGCGAUCAAGCAAUCGAAGAUAGCCAUACCCAUCAUCUCGAAGGACUAUGCUUCCAGCAAAAGCUGCCUCAUGGAGCUGCAGCAAAUGUUGGCGUGCAGAGAAAACGAUGAGCAAAUGAUCAUUCCCAUUUUCUAUCACGUUGAUAUCUCUGAUGUAAAACACCUUACGGGGUCUUUUGGAGAGUCCUUUUAUGAACUUGUUAAGAAUGAGCGAGUUGGCAGGGAGAGGAUCAAUGCGUGGAAGAAGGCUCUCCGAGAUAUUGGAGAAAUGAAAGGGUUGAACUUGGCUGAAAUGAAUGAUGGGCAUCAUGGCAAGCUCACACAGCUAGUCGUCUCAGACGUCUUGCGACGAUUAAAGAAGCCUGACCUAGUCGUGACUGAUUAUCUAGUUGGAAUCGACCAUCAUGUAAAAGAGAUUAUGAGUAAGCUUGAUGUUGUCUUUCGUGAUGGACAAGCUGUUAAAACAAUUGGCGACGAGGGAUGCGUUGUUGGAAUAUGUGGUAUUCCUGGGAUUGGCAAAACUACUCUUGCAAAGGUUGUCUACAACCGACUCUAUCAUCUCUUUGAUGGCUGUGCCUAUCUCGAGAAUGUUCGAGAAAGGUAUGCCCAGGUUGAAGGGCUCAAGACUUUGCGAAGUAAUUUGGUUUCUCAACUAAUAAAUAGGGGAAGUCUAAAAUUCCGUACUUCUGAUGAGGCUAUGCACUUUAUCAAACACAGAUUCAGCCAUACGAAGGUUCUCAUUUUUCUUGAUGACGUGGGUGAUUCUGAACAGCUUACUCAGAUUGCAGGUGACCUUACGGGUUAUGGUCCUGGAAGCAGAAUUAUUGUGACAUCUAGAAAACAAGAUGUCCUUAUGAAGGUCAAAGUAACAGCUCAAAAAUAUGAGGUUGAGGCAAUGGAAGAAGGUCAUGCUCUUGAACUUUUUGGUAAGCAUGCUUUCGGGAAGGAUUUUGUCGGAAAGGUUGACCAUGGUCUUUCUAGCGCCAUUAUAUCAGCUACUGGUCGGCUUCCUUUAGCUCUUGAAGCUGUGGGUUCUUGCUUAUUUUUAAAACCAAACGAAGUGUGGGAUGAUACACUGGAGAAAUUGAAAGAUGCUCCUCCCGGGGAAGUUGAAAAGGUGUUGAGUAUGUGUUAUGAAGAUUUAGAUGAAACUCAGAAAAAGAUAUUUCUGGAUAUAGCAUGUUUUCUUAUUGGAAAAGACAAGAGAAUUGCCAUUUACAUGUGGGAUGACUGUAAAUUUUUUCCUCUAGAGGGCAUUGAAGCGCUUCUUGUUAGGUCUUUGGUGAAGGUUGGAGAGAAUAACGAGUUGUGGAUGCAUGAGCAAUUAAGAAACUUUGGUAGGGAUAAAGUACGGAAGGAGAACCCCGAAGAGCCUUGCAGGCGAAGCAGGUUGUGGAAUCACGAGGAAGCAUUAGACACACUAAAUGGGAGGAAGGGCACUAAAGAAGUUCAAGCACUUGGACUCAGGUUUGAUCGUGAAACUGAUGUUUCUUUCACUUGCGAAGCAUUUUAUCCUCUGCGGAACUUAAGGUUCCUUAAACUGGACUGUGCAAAUAUCGAGGGCAAUAUUCAGAAUCCUCUUUCAAACUUAAGAUGGUUAGAUUGGCAAAUAUGUCCUCAAAAGACCUUGGGACUUCCUUUUUUCAAAGUUGAAAACUUGAUCAUUCUUGAUCUGUCAUGGAGCCGGGUAAAUCAAGGUUGGAGUGGUUGGGAGCUGAUAGGAGAGAACGCGAAGAAAUUGAAAGUUUUGAACCUAACGGGGUGUCUUGAGUUACUUGAAUCUCCAGAAUUCCGUGCUCCAAUUAAACUAGAAAGAUUGAUUCUGGAAUGUUGUUCCAAAUUAUCCUUGAUUAGCCCAUCCAUUAGCAAUCUAAGCUGCUUAGUUUCGUUAAAUAUGAAGUCUUGUAAUGUGGACCAGUUGCCAGAUCUGGGUUUCAUGAAGGCCUUAAAAGAGCUUGUGAUUGAUGGGACUUUUAUUGAUACGAUUCGUUUCCAAGAAGGUUCUAUGGAACAGCUUGAAACUCUUAGUGCUUGCAAGUGUGUAAGGUUAGAACAAAUAUAUGAGAUUGAUCACUUACAAUCUCUCUCUAAUCUUGCACUGGAUGGAGCUGCUAUAAAGACCCUCCCAGUUUCCAUUGGGUCACUGGAGAAACUUCGACGCCUAUCUUUAAGGAACUGUCGGAAAUUAACUGAAAUUCCACGAUCCAUUGGAAAGCUCAAGGAACUGCAGUUUAUGGACCUAUCAAACACCGGAGUUGAUGAAUUGCCUCAUUCAGUCAAGCUUUUGGCAAAUUUGAAAGUGCUGAAGAUGGAAGGUACUCACAUAGGAAAAUUUCCUGAAGCAAUACAAAAUCUGCCAAAGUUGGAAGAGAUAGAUUUUUCUCUCUGCCGGAAUUUGGAGAUUCAGAUGGACUGUGAUCUUGUGGGAUUAUCCUCUUUGAGAGUCCUAAAAUUAUCCUAUGCCCGAAUUUCCCACUUGCCUGAGAGCAUCUGUUGCCUCUUAAAUCUCCAAAUGGUUGAUUUGCGUUACUGCAAGAAGCUUCAGGCUCUGCCAAAAUUUCGCUCCAGUGUAAUCAUCCUCUGCUAGGCUUGCAGAAAGAUGUGCACAGCCUUGGAACUGUCUUGCCUGACCAUUGUAGAGGGGUGGUACUUUGGUGAUGAUCCUGUACCAAAGUGGUAAGAAUCUCUGAGCUACUGCAAAAUGACUGUUUGGGGAGGAAUUAAUCUAAUUUUCGAACCUCAGAUUUUAGCCUUUCAAGAAACAUGAAGUUCAUUUUUAAGUCGUAUUCUUAGCUCAACUAGAUUCAUGCAGCCAAAGUUAAGGGGAAAAUGCUGGAUUGUUGAGUCUUUCGAAAAGGCAAAUAUCUGAUUAGAUCCUAGAUCUUCUUCAAUGAGACAUACUUGCCAAUUGAACUCAUUAUUGUUUAGUGUUGCCUAGUUUCCCACCAAUUAGUAACCCAAGGUUCAAGAAGGCAACAGAGACCUGAUUCUGGAAUUUUUAGAACUAGGCUUAGUUCUGAAACCAUUUUUCUGCAGUAUAAAUAACCUUAUGUGAUUAAAUAAAUACUGUGCUUCUCUAAAUUGCCGCGGUCUACGAUCUUCUCUUGGACAGAUUAUUGAAAUUGUUGCAGUUGGAAUUGUCUGAGCGGGAGCAUAAUGGUAUUUGCAGCAAUGGGGAGAAAUGGUGGUUGACAGAUUUCACCCAUUUCAUGUAAGAGGCGACGGUAAAGUUGCUAUCGAGAACUCAAUUCCAUAAUUAUGAGAGAGGAUAGGUGGUGAUUUGGCUGGGACACUGAAUAGGAGAUUCAUUUCAAAUGCAAGAAGGCGGUAACUAUUGCGUUUCUCUUGUUUCAAUGAUUCGCUGCUUCCGUUAGUCCCAGUUGGUUCGUGUUGGCAGUAACUUCGAAACUCUUGUCCCUGCACGUGUACUGCAGUGUACUCUGUUGUUGUCCUUAACAUCGUUAUCCAGUUCGUAAUAGACGUCUUUCUUUGUGGCAGUCCAAGAUUAUCAGUACAAUUUGCAGCAUCUGUUCAUGUA